GGCGGGCGCGCGGCGGGCUGCGCGUGAGGCCGCGCCGCAGCAUGGCGCCGCACGUGGCGCUGUUGCUGCUGCUGUGCCUCGUGCGCGGACACACCAAGACCGUGCUGCAGGACAAGCUGGCGGGCGUGCGCACGGUGGACGUGCAGGCGGUGGAGGGCAUGGUGGCGCAGUUCCCGUGCGACCUGGGCACGGCCGCCAACGACAAGGUCUACAUGGUGUUCUGGUUCCGCGACGACGCCGGCAUCCCGCUCUACAGCUUUGACGUGCGCGGCAAGCACCUGUCGGAGGCGCGCCACUGGUCGGCGCCCGAGGUGUUCGGGCCGCGCGCGCACUUCUCCACGGCGCCGCCGCCCGCGUCGCUGCUGGUGCGGGACGUGAAGCGGCGCGACGAGGGCGUGUACCGCUGCCGCGUGGACUUCCGCAACACGCAGACCACCAGCUUCCGGUACAACCUCACCGUCGUCGUGCCUCCCGAGAAGCCGGUGGUGGUGGACCGCUGGGGCCGGGUCAUCAACGCCACCACGCUGGGCCCGCACGAGGAGGGCGACGACGUGCUGCUCACCUGCAGGGUGCUUGGAGGUCGGCCCGAGCCGUCGGUGCGCUGGCUGGUGAACGGCGUGCUGGUGGACGAGGAGUACGAGCACAACACGGGCGACGUCAUCGAGAACCGCCUGCUGUGGCCCGCCAUCCGCCGCGCGGACUACGCCGCCGUGUUCACGUGCCAGGCCGCCAACUCGCCCCUCGUGCCGCCCAAGGAGGUGUCGCUGGUGCUCGACAUGUUCCUGCGGCCGCUGACGGUGGAGAUCAAGAAGCCGGCGGAGACGGGCGAGGGCGGCGCGCUGACGGCCGAGCGCCGCUACGAGGUCGCCUGCGAGUCGGCCGGCAGCCGCCCGCCCGCCGCCGUCACGUGGCACAAGGGCAAGCGCCAGCUCAAGAGGAUAACGGAGGAGCUGCGCGACAACCUGACGGUGAGCGCGAUGAGCUUCGUGCCCACGCUGGACGACGACGGCAAGCCCAUCAGCUGCCGCGCGGAGAACCCCAACGUCACCUCGCUGUUCCUGGAGACCUCGUGGACCAUCAGCGUCGUAUACCCGCCCGUGGUGAAGCUGCGGCUGGGCAGCUCGCUGGCGGCGGGCGACAUCAAGGAAGGAGACGACGUGUACUUCGAGUGCCACGUGCGCGCCAACCCGCCCGCCAGGAAGCUGUCGUGGCUGCAUGACGACCGGCCGCUGGCGCACAACGCGACGGCGCGCGUGUUCCACAGCAACCAGAGCCUGGUGCUGCAGAAGGUGACGCGUCACAGCAGCGGCCGCUACGCCUGCUCCGCGCUCAACGCCGAGGGCGAGACCGUCUCCAACGAGCUGCACUUCAGGGUCAAGUACGCGCCGUCGUGCCGCAGCGGCGGCGUGUCGGUGGUGGGCGCGGCGCGCGGCGAGUCGGUGGUCAUCGUGUGCGAGGUGGACGCCGACCCGCCCGCCGCCGUCUUCAAGUGGAAGUUCAACAACUCGGGCGAGACGCUGGACGUGGCCGCCGACCGCUACACGUCCAACGGCAGCGCCUCCAGCCUCAAGUACACGCCGGUGGCCGACCUGGACUACGGCACGCUGUCGUGCGCCGCGGCCAACGAGGUGGGCGCGCAGCUGGCGCCCUGCGUCUUCCAGAUGGUGGCGGCCGGCAAACCGCACGCGCCGCGGAACUGCACGCUGUGGAACCAGACGGCGGACUCGGCGGAGGUGUCGUGCGUGGCGGGCUUCGACGGCGGCCUGCCGCAGCGCUUCCUGCUCGAGGUGUACUCCGGCGGCGACGACAAGCCCAGGGUGAACCUGUCGGCGGAGGAGCCGAGCUGGACGCUGCGCGGGCUGGAGUGGGACGUGCGCUUCCGGCUCGUGGCCGUGGCCGUCAACAGCAAGGGCCGCUCGGCGCCCGCCAGACUCGACGACCUGCUGUUCCCCGACCCCGAGAAGAGGACAGCGUCCGAGAGUCCGCUGGGCGCGGGCGCGGCGGGCGCGGCGAGCGCGGCGGCGGCGGGCGCGGCGGCGGCGGUAGCGCUGGCGGGAGCGGCGUGGCGGGCCGCGCGCCGGCGCCGCAAGCCGCGCAAGCCGCCCGCGCCGCCGCCCGACAAGGCGCCCGACCUCGACGACGCCGAGCCCGACCUCAUCCCCAACAACUACUGUGAGACGUCGAGCGCGCCGUGCCUGGCCGCGUCGUCGCCGGGCCGGCCGGCGCCCGCGCCGCUCGCCACGCCGGCGUGCAACGGACCGGGCGCGUCUUGGACGUGGGGCGCGCGCGCGUCCGUGCCGGCGGCGGCGCUCGGACGCAGCGCGUCCGCCUCGCUACGCCCCGCGCCCGACCUCAACGUGGACGCCAUCAAGGAGAAGCUGCUCGACAACCGGAUCCCGGAGUCGUGCGUGUAAGCACGCCGCACGACGAGCGCACGCGCGCUUCCGUGCCAGCGUCGGCGCUCGGAUGCAGUGCUUCCGCCUCGCUGCGCCCCGCGCCCGACAUCAACGUCAACGCCGUCAAGAAGCUGCUCGACCACCGGAUCCCCGAGUCGUGCGUGUAGGCGCGCCGCACGACGAGCGCCCGCGCGGUGUCGGGGGAGCCGAGUGCGACUGUCGGUUCUUGUACGAGGACCCUUUUAAACUUUGGACGAGCACAUUUUAAGAAAUAUCACGUCGAUAAUAAUGAAUCGGACGAAUCCACCGACGUCUUUAAAUCGCACUCGUCAUAUUUUUCUUAACAAUCGAGACAAUAAAGCGACCCUUCUCCUUCGACUAUUGAAAACGGUAUUCAAUGUACCAUCUCAGAAUGUAAACCAGUAAUUAUUUCUUUGCAAUUCUUCUUUAUUUCCACGUGUAAAUGUAUACAUACGUUGGGCGCAAGCUAGGCGUCCCGCGUGCGAGUCACGUCGCCGGAGAAGUUGCAGUUGCGCUCCUACAGCCGAGUGUGUCGAGUGCCGAGUGUACAGUGCGGUCGAGUCCUAUGUAAAUGUUGUAGCUGACGUCAUCAGGCGCGGAGUAGUCGGUGUAGUACGCGCUGUAUGGCUAAAUAGUAAAUGAUAAGGAAUACAGACGUGAAAAUUCAGCUGCGCUUCGAGUGUCUUUUAAUCUAUGAUGAUAAAAUUAUGUUCUCAUUUACGAUCUGGGUAUAUUUCGGGACACGAUAAAGGAUCUCAAGUAUAAUAUCGUAAAUGCUGCCGGUGACGUCAGCCAGUGGCGGCGCCUGGCCGGAGCGAGCGGACGGCACCGUGCGCGCUGGGCCGGAGCUCACAUUGUUUGCACGACCGGGGGCAGCACAAACACGAGUAAAAUCUGCUUUUACAAUAAAGUGCUGCAUUUUAAGGGGCGCAAUUUUUAGAUCUGUCACUAUCGAACUGUGUCAGAAGGACCGUCGCUGACGUCACAAGUGAUCGCUGUCAGACUUUGUGUCUGUCGUGUCCCUGCGAGUUGAGUGCAGAGAGUGACGGCGUCUCACCGCGAGCACGGUCGGCGUCCUCGCCACCGCCGACUACUCCCGACUGCAGUAGAUAAAGUUAAUUCAUAAUGAAUAAAUAAAAUGAUCUAUCUGUUAUUUCUCUUAGAUGAAUCCUGUGAUGUACAUAGUAGGUUGUAAGCGACUGACUCUUUGCCACUUUUUUACAUGUCUAACUAAUUCGUCGAGUACAAUAGAUAGACGUCAUUGUAAUGUAUUCUGUGUAAAUAAUGUUUGUUACUACGAGCGCCUCGAGCUGCUGCGCGCCGACGCGACACGACGCGACGCGACACGACGCGACGUCGCAGCUUCAGACUAAAGUAGACCCAAUGCUGCUUGUUAAAGCUCAAGUUCGUAACUUCGCAGUCAGCGCAACGAGUGUAAAAUAAAUAUCAAUAGAACAGAAGCUUAAAAUUGUUAUCUAGCAUUUGACCUGCAGCUACACCGACCGUUCUCGAUGAUCUCGACAAAAAUUUGUUUUAAACUAACACGAAAGUGUUGCCUGUCGUGUCUCGCGUCGGUGACCGAUCGGCGCUCGGGGGCGGAUUCUCUGACUUGCUGUCCCUCCACACAUACUGUUUUCCGUGUCAAAUGUGACUACACGCGUCGGGACUUGGAUGUCAGAGAAUCACGUCCGGAUCAGCCGAGGCGUGGGGCGGCGGCUGUGGGGGAGCUGGCCCAUUUGAUUGAUUUAUUAUAUGGGUUGCACAUCGCGCCUGCUAGUGUGGGUCGGACACUUGUACUGGCAUGAUGAUCGUGUGGGCCAGGGCGCUUCUAUGUAUUGCACUUGUGCACUUGACAAGUAUUAUCCAAGUUUCCGUUUUGCCUCACCGAGAUAUUGUGAUUCGUAACAUUCACAACAAUCAAAUUAGAACUCACAAACUGUGACAUACUGUAAAUAUUGUUCUCAUUCAUUCUGACCCUAUUAGAAAUUUACAUCUUGAAUUUAUUAAAUGCACUUCAUCUACCUAAAUCUUCAAAACAACAUUUUGUUGGUGUCGUAUUAUGCAACUAAAGCGACCUAUAUUAAAUAUUUGAGCCAUUGGCUCCUGCUCCUGCAGACGUGCGAUGUUGUGCGGCGAACUCCUGGACUAGCAUAUCAAUCCUACAUAUCACAACUAAAACUAGAUAGUUCGCGUCUAUUGAUGUAAGUGACACUGUACACAUGGCGGGUUCUGAUCCAUGGUGUAACUACCUAUAUACCGCAGAGGUUGCGUUGAGUUUGUUUUAGUUAUUUAUCUCAGAUGAUAUAAGUAAAGGAGAUUUAUUUGUAAAAAUCGCGUCCUAAGGAAAUUAUAAAUAAAUACGAGCUGCGAAUAUUUUGUGCCGAGCGACUAAUUUCCUGUAACAACAUUUUAGUAUUCGAUUGUUUAGACUCAUCUACUGAUCGGAUUGCUUUGUUAUUUCUAACAGGAGACAUUGUAUUUUUGUAAACUCUUUUACGCUGCCGUACAGUAAAGUUUAUUUUUCACGUAAACAUGAGUAAGUAAGUAAGCAUUUAUAAUACGUUGGUGAAUAUCGACGAAACAAGUCCGGAGCCACCGCCACACCUGGCCUGCCCGUGAACCGCCCAUGGCUCACCCGUGGUCCGCCCAUGGCCCACCCGUGGUCCGCCCAUAGCCCACUCGUGGUCCACCCGUGGCCGCCGUCCCCGAUAUCUGAACAUAGUAGGCUAACUGGUGAUAGUGAUGUAAGGUAUUAUAAGCGAUUUGUUAAUAUAAAGUUUAAACAAACAACUCAAAGAGUUCGCCCUAAGUACUGUUGACUAAUUUAUUUUGGACGAGAUUAAAGGUUGUCUUGGAAGUA